AUGGCUGCCUCCGUGGACGAGAUGCUUCCUCCUCCCAUGGCCCCGAGUGGUCUCCAGCGCACAUAUGGCGGCAAUCGGGCAUUUCACAACUUUUAUAAUGAUUAUUCUCAUAUAACCGACCCUAAUUUACGUCGACGACUAGCAUUGUCCGAGAUUGACAAGGUUCCUUUUGGAUUGUACCAUGUCCGGGCUAUAUUGGUUGCUGGUGUUGGCUUUCUUCUCGACUCAUACGACAUAUUCUCCAUCAACCUUAUCACUAUACUCUUGGGCAUGGUCUUUUGGAGCGGCGAAGAGGUGGUAAAUGGCUUUGGCGGCAACAAUGGCGUCUUACCCGACACGACUAACCAGGCCUUGAAAGCUGCCACCAGUGCUGGUAUUAUUAUUGGCAUGGUUGUGUUUGGGUGGCUAGCAGAUGCUCUGGGCCGCAGGCGCAUGUAUGGUGUGGAAUUGGCAAUUAUCAUCUUCGGAACCUUUAGCUGCGCCUUGGCUUCGAGCAGCCCGUCCAUUGGCUCAGCAGGUCUAUUGUUAUUCUGGCGGGUUCUUAUGGGCAUUGGGAUUGGAGGUGACUAUCCUCUUUCGUCCGUCAUUACAUCCGAAUUCGCACCCACUCGAUGGCGAGGUGCCAUGAUUUCUGCUGUCUUUUCAAUGCAAGGUAUCGGCCAACUCAUGUCUGCCAUCGUUGCGCUCGUUACAACCGUAGCCUUCAAGUCGUCGUUUAUCCGUAUUUCCGACGAAGCACACUGCGAUGCGGGAUGUCAAAUCGCUGCUGAUCGUGCAUGGAGGAUCAUUGUUGGGGUUGGCUCCAUCCCAGCCUGUCUUGCGCUCUACUAUCGAAUCACCAUUCCUGAGACUCCGCGCUACACUUUUGAUAUACAGCACGAUGUUGAAAAGGCUGAUGCCGAUAUCAAGGCCUAUGUAUCCAGCAAAUCGAACAGUGACUAUGAGAGGCGGCAUUCUCGGUCAAAGAUAUCUGAGGAUUCGCUGGAUCUUCCGCGUGCUUCAUGGGCAGAUGUGUUUGCAUACUUUGGGGAGUGGAAGAAUUUCAAGGUAUUGGUCGGUACAACCAUGUCAUGGUUCUUUCUGGACUUGGCAUUUUACGGCCUUGGCUUGAAUCAAAACGUUGUUCUCCACGCUAUUGGAUAUGGAAGUGGUAGCAAUAUGUAUUACAAGUUGUAUAAUCAGGCCGUGGGCACGAUCAUCCUGACUGCUGCUGGAUCCUUGCCCGGAUAUUGGACUGCCAUCUUCACCAUUGAUACUGUUGGGCGCAAGCCUCUGCAGAUUUGUGGGUUUCUUCUGCUCACCAUUGUAUUCGGCGUUCAGGGUUUUCGGCUUCAUGAUUUGAGCGAAGGGUCAAUGUUGGCUCUGUAUAUCAUAGGACAAUUUCUUUUCAACGCCGGCCCAAACACAACCACGUUUGUUGUACCGGGCGAAUGCUUCCCCACGCGAUACCGAUCAACAGGUCACGGCAUUUCCGCAGCAAUGGGCAAAAUCGGGGCUAUAGUCGCCCAGUGUAUUAGCAUCCCAUUGUUGAAGAAUGGCGAGGUUGCUGGAUGUGUUGGCAAUGCCUGCUCUCCCUAUCUUGACCGGUUGCUGAAACUUUUUGCUCUUUUCAUGCUCCUCGGCACCUUUGUGUCGCUCCUCAUCCCCGAGACGAAAGGGCUCACUUUGGAAGAAUUAUCCGGCGAGUCUAGGACAAGCUAUAAUGCUGGCUGCAACGGCAGUAUCAGUCUAGGAUCACCGCGACUACGAGCAUGGAAUCCGUUCCACGGCGGACAACCGGCAGGAUUUGCAUACCCACGAGCCCAUAGCGGCUACUUUGGCAAGCACCACCGAUCUCCACGGGAUGAUAUCAUAGCCUCUCCAGAACUGGUAGCGGAAAAUAUGCGUCAGAGGCGAUCCCGAUUCUGGAAAAGAAAUCGAAAGGCCCGAAUUGCCAGUGAUGGAUCCAAUGAGAUUGCGUUGCGGAACCGAACGUCUGGAACCACGGCUGGUUCUUCAGACGCAGAAUCUUCCACCCAUGCCAGUGUCCCGCAGCAACAAUUGCCUACAUGGGGAGCGGGAUGGGGCAGAAUAGAUCGUGGUCCACUACCUACGACGAAUAGUGUGCAAUUAAAUGACGUGGGGAUGCUGUUGAAACCGGCUUAG